AUGUGGUCUCGAUGUAGUCUUGAGGCCUUGCGUGCGCAUAGUCAUCGAUAUCUCCUGACCCCUGCAUUCACUCAUACUGUCCGAUUCUCCUCCGGUGCAACGACGACCAUGGCCGCAAUCAAGACUCGCACUGUCAACACUACCGAGCGGCUAGCGAAGCUACGAGAGCUAUUGAAGAAGCCAGAGAAUAACGUCAAAGCUUUCAUUGUUCCUAGCGAAGACCAGCACUUCAGCGAGUAUCCUGCACAUUCGGAUGAGCGCAGGGCAUUCAUUUCAGGUUUUAAUGGUUCAGCCGGAUGUGCUAUCAUCACCCUCAGGGAUGCUUUCCUCUUCACGGAUGGGAGAUACUUCUUGCAAGCUUCCCAGCAGCUCGACAGCAACUGGAAACUUAUGAAACAGGGUUUGCCAGAGGAAGAUGUGCCCACAUGGCAGGAAUUUCUCUCCAAACACCUUGAGCAAGGGACCCGGAUUGGCAUCGAUCCCACGUUGAUUUCAGCUGCAGUGGAUGCUGAAAGUCUCCAGAAAUCUCUUGAACCUAGGGGAUCCGAGCUUGUAUCUCUCCAGGAAAACCCUGUCGAUAUCGUAUGGGGCAAGGACCGACCCCCGCAUCCUCACAAUAGUGUUUUCCCUCUGGACGUCAAAUACGCCGCAGGGGAGACAUCUCAGAGCAAACUUGAGCGUUUACGAGAGGAGAUCGCGAAGAAGAAAGCUGCUGCCUCGGUUGUCACGCUUCUUGAUGAAGUCGCGUGGCUUUUUAACCUUCGUGGCACAGAUAUUGAUUUUAACCCUGUCUUUUUCGCGUAUGCUGUUGUGACCCCAACAAGGGCGAUACUUUUUAUGAAUGACGCUCAGGAGCAGGACAGUAUCAAGGCGUUCCUAGGUUCUGAUGUUGAGAUCCGUCCAUAUGGAUCUUUCAUCUCUUCUUUGAGGCAGCUCACUACCACCCUUGGAGCUAAUAAAGACAAACCCAUGCUACUGGGUGAUAAAACUAGUCUAGCUGUGGUUGAAGCAAUUGGACAAGAUAAUGCCAUUCUCAUCCCGUCACCAGUGGCUACUAUGAAAGCGAUAAAGAAUGAAACGGAGAUCGAGGGCUUCCGAAAAUGUCACAUUCGCGAUGGUGCUGCCCUGAUCCGUUACUUCGCCUGGUUGGAGGAGCAACUUAAUAGCGGCGUUGAGCUGAACGAAAGCCAAGCCGCAGAUAAGCUUGAAGAAUUCAGAUCUGAGCUGGACUUGUUCCGUGGACUGUCGUUCACGACGAUCUCGUCUACUGGACCUAAUGCUGCUGUGAUACAUUAUUCACCGGACCCGGAUGACUGCGCGAUAAUCCGGAAGGAUCAGAUAUAUUUAUGUGAUUCUGGAGGACAAUAUCUUGACGGAACGACUGAUGUGACUCGGACAUUGCAUUUUGGCACCCCUACUAAUGAGGAGAAACGAGCUUUCACGCGUGUUUUGCAGGGUCAUAUCUCAAUCGACACUGCUGUUUUCCCGAAUGGCACAUCAGGUGCUGACUCAUUUGCAAGACGAGCUCUAUGGCAAGAGGGAUGGGAUUACAGACAUGGGACUGGCCAUGGCGUUGGUCACUUCUUGAACGUUCAUGAAGGUCCACAUGGCAUUGGCACCCGCAUAGCGUACAACAGCACCUCCUUGAAAGCGGGCAUGACUGUUUCGAAUGAGCCGGGCUACUAUGCCGACGGACGCUACGGGAUCCGCAUCGAAAACGUUGUUAUCGUUCAGGAGGCUGAUACACCAAAUAAUUUUGGGAAUGGGUACCUUUGUUUUGAACGCGUAACGAUGUGUCCUAUCCAAACGAAGCUGAUCGAUUUCUCGAUUCUGACCGCGCAGGAAAAGGAGUGGCUUAACUCGUAUCAUGCAGAAACGCUGGAGAAGGUAGGACCUUGGCUCUGUAACGACUCGCGCGCUCUUCAGUGGCUAGAAAGAGAGUGCUCUCCUGUAUAG